AUGGGGCAAAGGAGAUUAACUCCGCUACUAGCCUGCUCGCUCGGUGCGCUGCUCCUCGCGUCGCUGACGCUUUCACUGACAGAGGCCGCCGUUUACGCCGCAACGUCUGUGAAACCAACCGGCAUCACUGGCACGACCCUCGGCGGGGACGGCGGCGAUGCGGGAGAUGACGUCAUCAGCGGAAGCUACACCCCGCCGCCCAAGUGCCCCGCGGGGGAUACGGCGUGCGCAGGAGGGACAACGGCGGCGGCGGACCCCGACUCGCCGCCGGCCGUGGCGGCGUGCCCCAAGGGGGAACGGCGGUGCUCCAACGGCGCAUGCGUCAAGAUCGGCAUGCUCUGCACGCUCUCCCUACAGUGCACGGCGGGGCAGUUCCGCUGCCACGACAGCAGCGGGUGCGUGCCGGACGAGGCGGUGUGUGACGGGCAGGAGGACUGCAACGACGGGUCCGACGAGACGGGCGAUGAUUGCGAACUCAUCAGUGGGUGCUUGGCUCAAGGCCUGGCGGCCUGCCCUGCAGACGCGCAGUGCAUCGCUCCUAGCAAGUUCUGCGACGGAGUUAACGACUGCAAGAGCGGGUCGGAGGAGGGAGAGGACUUCUGCUCCACUUACAGGUGUCCACGUGGCACCUUCAAGUGCCCCUCCUCGCCGCUCAUCUGCCGCCCGGGCGCCAUGUGCGACGGCAAGAACCACUGCCCUGUAACGAAUCCCGACGUGUCUUAUACGGAGGAUGAAGAUCCGGCGAUGUGCAGCAGCUUCACGCGGCCUAUAGACCCCCGCACAGGGCUUCCCACCAGCGGUGCCACCAUCACUCAAGUGGGGGACCUACUCGGCCCAGGCAAGAAAGGCAAGAGCGGAGGGAGUGGUGGAGGGACGGGUGGUGGGAAGAGUGGCGGGAGUGGUGGUGGGAAGGGGAGCGGUGGUGGGAAGGGGAGCGGUGGUGGGAAGGGGAGUGGUGGUGGGAAGGGGAGCGGUGGUGGGAAGGGUAAAGGGAGUGGAGGAAGUGGGGAUAAUGCAGGGAGUGGAAAGGGGAGCCAAGUUGAUCCAUCGGGGGAGGUGAAGAAGCAGGCAGACAAGGUGAAAGCAGCAGCGGACAAGGUCAAGCAAAAGGUGAAACCAACGGGAAUUGUUGUGCCGAAGCGUGGGGGCGGAAAUUAA